CCACUUCCAACCAGUAACAAACCUACCUUUCAACUUACAAGAGAGUCGUCGUCAUCUCCUUCUAACUCCUCUUUGCUGUUUGCUCCCAUCGACAUCGCAAUCGAACUAUGGCGAGCCUCUGGCAUUCCAUGAUGGGCUCGACCCAGCCCCCGGAAGAUUACGACGGCGUGGAGUUCUGGUCGAACCCAGAGCGCACUGGUUGGCUAACCAAGCAAGGCGAGUACAUCAAGACCUGGCGUCGCCGCUGGUUCGUCCUCAAACAAGGCAAGCUCUUCUGGUUCAAACAAUCCACCAUCACCGCCGUAUCCAGGCCACGUGGCGUCAUCCCAGUGGCCACCUGCCUCACCGUCAAAGGCGCCGAGGACGUCCUCAACAAACAGUUCGCUUUCGAGCUCUCCACUAGCUCCGAAACUAUGUACUUCAUCGCCGAUUCGGAGAAAGAGAAGGAGGACUGGAUCAAUUCAAUCGGACGGUCCAUCGUUCAGCAUUCGAGAUCCGUCACUGAUAACGAAGUCGUCGAUUAUCAAUAGAAAUUGAGAUCGACGGUUCUGGUUCGUUCGAUUCGGUCAGUGUUUCCCGUAAAAUCAGAUAUUGACGUGAGAUGGUAAGCAAAUCUAGAGAUGUUGGGAUUGUUCUUCUAAUUAAGGAAGGGAAACAUUUUAAUGGUUUAUUCAAGGUUGAAAUCUCCGGAGCAGUGAGGUUUGGAGGUGGUUCUGGAGGUGUUCUUGUAGAUGUUCAACAUGUUCUUCAGAAAAUACUGAAAUGGGGAGGAUAUUUUUAGGCGGAAGAAGUUGGAAAAUGGUAUAUUAUUGGAAGUCAUGGGCAGAUUUGUUGUUGGGGUUCUUUCUUUCCCUGGAAAGGGAUAUUUGUGUUGAAUGCUUGAAGAUGACCUUUAUUUUCUGGACAAUGUUCAGCAAGAUAGAUAACUUUAUACAGUGUGCAAAGCUUCAGUGGAAAGUGUUAAUUACUUGAUUGCGAGGUUUCUGGGAAAUGGUGCCACAUUUUGUUGGAAUUUUGGAUCCCUAGCUUGAUUCGGGGUUCAAUUAGAUAGCCGUUGGGGAGUUAGUGAGCGGGUUGACAAUAGGAGGAAUAAAAAGGCCUGGCAAGGUCUCCUUUAUGUGCAAUGUGUAGCAUCUGAAGGGAGAGAAAUCAACAAACCUUUAAGGGAUUGGAACUCCCUGAAAUUUUCUUUGGCUUCCUAAACUCUCUGCUUUCUUGAGUUCAUGUUGGUGAUAAAUGUCUUAACUAAAUUGGAGGUACGCCCAUACGUGUCUCAUGUACAUGAUUGCAGCUUCAUUUUCUUUUCGUCCCUUUGGUACAUGCAUACGUGUGUACGAAAGAAAUCUAGGAGCCAGCUUGAAGUUUACAUUAAUAUAAAGGAGACAUGGCUAGGGAUAACUCAGAAAAUCACUAAUGUUGUCUUCGGCUGUAUGGACUUAAAAUUGGUGGAAUUGGAGAAAAGUUUAGUUCAAAAUUACAAAAAAUUCAACUAAAAUUUUCUCCCAUUCCAAUUCCAAGACCCCAAUUAUAUGCAGCCGAACAUAGCCUAAAGAUUUUCAAAGAGUCCACCUUCUUGGCUG